AGGUUGGUGUUGGCAGUGGGGAUGACACAUUGCACAGCAGCUGUUGUAAGAAAAGUUUCAUUUUGCGGCAUGCGCAGCUUGUCAGAGUAACAUUUUUACGUCAGAAAUUUGAAUCCUCUUUUAUCGUGUCCUUCGCCAUUUGCCUUAUGUUCGAUAGACCCACAACAGCAGACAACUACACAUCAUGACUUCGAGCUCCAGUACUAGCAUUUGCGUUGCCAUAUCGUGCGAGGGGUGCGGGAAACCCGACCUCCCCGACACGCUCGGGUGCCCGCAAUGCGCGAAGCUUGACCUGCCUCCGGCUUACUUCUGCUCCCAGGACUGCUUCAAAGCAAACUGGUCGCAGCACAAGAAGAAGCACAAGCAGGUUCAGAAGUGGAGAACAAGUAAGCACUUGGAUCGCUCCGUGUUUGCGGGGUACAAGUUCACGGGCCCUCUCCGCCCUUUUCCUGCGACAAUGGACAUGCGACCGGUACCAUUGAGUGGAAAGAUUGACUUGCCGGAUUGGGCGGUGACGGGAAUACCGGAGAUUGAGGCUAAAGCAAACAGGAGCGGAGGUAUGUGAUUACCAAAGAUUUUUUACAUGAUACUGAUUUCACCGACGUGUGAAAAAAAUCAUGAUUUUCAAGAAAGCAUGUUUUGCCUUUUCCGACUUGUGUAAGUAAUUCGCAAGAACUUUGAACACCAAAAACAGCCAUACCCGUCGUAAGUGAUCCUGCCGAGUUGGAGAAGCUGCGCACGAGCUGCCGGCUCGGCCGCGCGACGCUCGACCUGGCCGGAUCGAUGGUGAAACCCGGCGUCACACCGGAAGAGAUCGACACGGCCGUGCACGACUUUAUUGUCGGCAACAACGCCUACCCCAGUCCCCUGAACUACCGAAACUUUCCCCGAUCGGUUUGCAUCAGCGUCAACGAGGUGGUGUGCCACGGCAUCCCAGACUCGCGGCCGCUGGAAAACGGAGAUAUUGUCAACGUCGACGUCACGUGCUACAUUGGCGGCUAUCACGCCGAUUUGAAUGAGACGUUCCUCGUCGGAGACACGUGCGACGAAGACACGAAGCGAUUGGUUCGGGGCUGCUACGAGUCUUUGCAAGCGGCAAUCGCGUUCUGCCGUCCCGGCGUGAUGUACCGCGAGAUCGGCGGGGUGAUAUCCGCGGUCGCGAAAAAACACAAUCUGUCUGUGGUCCGAAGCUACUGCGGCCAUGGGGUGGGGAAAUUGUUCCACUGCGCGCCGAACAUUCCGCACUACGAGCGGAACAAAGCGGUCGGAACCAUGCGCGUUGGACAUGUAUUGGAUUUUUACUUGUUUUGGGUUGAUAUUUUGAAGAAGUUUUUUCACAAAUUUAUCAUGCGGGGAAAUGGAAAAACUCAGCGUUUUCAUUUGGCAACACAAAUGAAAAAACGACAGGUCUUCACCAUCGAGCCAAUGAUCAACCUCGGUAGCCACCAUGACGUCACCUGGCCGGACGGGUGGACAAGUGUAACCGCCGACGGCAAGCGAAGCGCGCAGUUUGAACACACCAUGAUCGUAACCGAAACGGGAGUGGAAGUGUUGACCGCCAGGACCCCGCAAAGUCCUCCGUUCCGCUGGGACGUGGACUGAGUUAUUUGGAGUUUUUUUUUCUGAAACAGCAUACAUGUAAACAUGGCGACAAUUUUUUCAAGAUGAUAGCAC